AUAGCAGGCAAACAGAGCGCACCCGGCGUGGGGAGGGCGCCGCGGAGCCGCCGGGACCGCCGCGGGAGGGACGCCGCUGCUUGUCCUGGCUUUUCCCUUUGGGAACCACUCUAAGGUGUCUCCCAGCCUCCUGCCCCCGCUGCAGCCCCGAGCCGCUGAGCCCCUCGCCCCGCCGGCUCUCUGCAGGCAGAGGAAGGAGCUCUUUGUUCUCGCUCCCCGCAGCACCGAGCUCGGCCCCGCUCUCGCUCCAGCCAUGGACCUUGUUGGCCCUGCCGUCGGGGCGGCCGUGGGGAUCGGGAUCUCCGUGGCUGUGUCCGUGGCCGUGUGGGCUCUGGGCUUCACCCCAGCCGGAAUCGCAGCCAGAUCCCUGGCCGCCAGGCUGAUGUCUGUCACUGCCAUAGCCAACGGUGGCGGUGUGUCUGCCAGGAGCCUGGUGGCCGUCUUGCAGUCGCUUGGGGCAGGAGGACUCCCCAUGUCCGUGAAGACUGUGCUGCCAGCCCUGGGAGCUGUCAUGGGGGCUAUCGCAUUCUGAUCCCCCGCAUGCCCACCGGGACCCUGACGAUGCCUGCCGGGAGCCGCCCCCACCCGUCCCCACGCUGCGACCCCCUGCAUCUCCCCCGUUCCGCUGUA